CCUCCCCCUGCUGGCGUCCGUUUGCCUAAAACGUUCAAAACACAAGAAAUGGCCAGCAAGGAAAUUACGCAUGCGCACUAGUCGGCGCUUUAAAACAAGUCUUGAGGAGGGAACAUGAAGGCACUUGCAGGUGGUCUUGAAUUAUAGUCGAGGACAGCAGCUGCCAACUUCUCAUGGAAGGUAGCUGUGAAUUGCAUCGCCGAGGCGUUGCAGGAUGAGAAGUCGUUGUGCUCGCCAUGAGUCUGAGAGCCACACUGUUUUCAAGUGCAGGAUUCAGGCAGGACGCUGACGCCAUCGACUUUGACAAAACACGUUUUGGGGCCCCCACCGUGAGUCCUGUUAGCCUCAAGAGGGAGUCCUGCGACUUUGUGAUAGAUGUUCAAAACGUACAGGGCGGCGAGAUCCCGAACAUAUCAAAGUACUUAGACCAGAAUUACAUGACAAGCAAAGUUUCCCUCGCUGCCACUGUUGCAGAACUAGUUCAAGGAGACAAUAAAACUGUGGGGAUAUUGUCCCCUGUCAGACCAAUGGGGGGUGAGGGAACCCCAGUGAAAGGUAAACCCCUCUCUGCUGACACUAUGGAUAACCCUCAGAUGGCUGUGAACAAUAACCCCAAGGAUGCCGGUGCUGAUGACAGCGUGAAGGGGGUUGUCCCAGGAGUCCUUGGCACCGCAUCCAUUGAACUCUCCUCUGAGGGCAAGUGGAGGAACAUCAGGAAGACCCCUGCUAAUCCCCACACGCAGGCCAACUGCCUCCGCCAGAUUCUCCUCCUCCAACUGGACCUUAUUGAACAACAGCAACAACAGCUGCAGUCCAAGGACAAGGAGAUAGAUGAGCUCAAAGCAGACAAAGAAACACUGCUUGCGCGCAUUGAACGCAUGGAGCGUCGCCUGCAGCUCACAAGGAAGGACCCGCCGCGUGACAAGCGCCUUUUCCAGCCCCUGGAGCCAUGGACCCCUGAUAAAGAGGACAUGUGGGAUCUGGACGUAGAGGAGAAUCCACAGCCUAACCCGGCCACUCCGCUUCCCUUUAGCCGGGGUGGCAAAGGUCAAAAGAGGAAGUCUUGCUUUGGAGAUGCAAAAGUCCAGAAGUCACGGGGCAAAAGUGCCAAGCUUAGCCCCCAGAAACCCGAGAUUCAGCCUGGCUCUCCCAAUCAAAGGGAGCUGCGCAGCAAGGAAACCCCAGAGAAGACGGUUCCUAUGAGGUCAGGGGCAGAAAGGGACAUUAUGCUCCCGUGCAAAGAGGAGCCUGAGCUGAGCUGUCAGAUUGAAGAUCUGCCCUUCAUGUCUACCACAGAGAUGUACCUCUGUUGCUGGAACCAACCUCCUCUGUCCCCUCUGCGUGAGACUUCCCCUAAAAAGGAGGAAGAGGUGGCCAGUGAGUGGACUCCUCAUGUAGUACAUGAUAUGCUGAUUGUUUUUCCCUCUUGGAGAGAAAAUCAUAUCGAGCCCCUGGAGGACCCUUCCUUUACCCCCCCUGAGCCGCUGGAUGACGGCGUGUUUCUGAAACGCCACAUGAAGCUGGAGUUGGAUGAGAAGAGGAGGAAAAGAUGGGACAUCCAGCGAAUCAGAGAGCAGCGCAUGUUUCAGCGUUUGCAGCAGCGGAUGAACAGGAAGAAAGUCGUCCCCGAGACUGAGCCAGAGCUUUCAUCCUUCUACCCCGACACUGAAGAUGUUGAAACCAUAGUGAUCACUCCCUUCUUGCCCGUGGUUGCGUUUGGCCGGCCGCUGCCCAAAUUGUCGCAACAGAACUUCGAGCUGCCUUGGCUGGAUGACCGAAGCCGAUGUCGCAUUGAGGUGCCCAAAAAACACACACCUCACCGGACCUGUCGGAAGUGACUCCCACGUGGCGUCCACAGCGCGGAGAUCACGCUACAUGCCCAGAUUAGACAACACUACAUUUGUCUUGUCUGGGGAGGAAAAAGAAAAACAAGACAAGUCACCAGUCGCUAUGUAUAACUGCUGUUGCUUUCAGUCUGUGUGAGAGUUACUGACUCUCUGGUCUCAACGUGUCACCACAGACCAGCUGAUCUCCUGCAGAAUAUUGUAAAAGCUGCUCCUUUGGGUGUCCUUCAAUAGUUUUGGUCUCAUUUACAUUCUGAGAUUAAAUUCCAGAGGGUGACAGUCCCUGUGUUAGCAGCUGUCGAGGAUCACACAGUUUGUAUCCUAAGACAAAAUGAACAGUUAUGUGCAUGUUCUGUAACAUGUUUAAAAUACAUUUCAUAGCAGCUGCUCCAACCAAAAUUGAUUUUAUCACUUAAGGGUGGAGUCUGUCACUUCUUAUGCAUCGUUCGCCGACAGGCUAAUUUUGACAAAUCCUGAGCGCUGUCACGAGGGGGUGGGGUGGCAAAUAUUGGUUGCCAUUUUGACUGAAAAGUAGAGCUUGACCUGUACGUCAUGAGCAAUACGGCUGCAGAUUUUUUGUUUCUGGGUAGUCCUACUGCCACGCUCGUUCUUCCUGCCUAAAAGAGAAAAGUCAAAAUCUGACUGUAUUGUGCUGUGUUAUUGCCUAUAUUGUUCGCACAAAACUUCAAAUAAGAUUUUAUCAAUGUUUAAUGUGAUAUCGGGAGUUUUGAGCCACACUCAGCAUGAUUUCAUAUUAAAAAAAAUGCAUUUCCAGCCAAUUCAAUGUUUAAAAAAAAAAAAAAUUAAGAAAAGAAACUAAAUGAUUGUGUUCUGGUUGGCUUGAAAACAAAGGCACUGAAAAUUAGACAGGUGGUGAGCUGAUACCCAGUGUUCUCUUCCCCGUUUUGUUUCUAUUAGUUAUUUUAUUCUUUGUUUAUGUGAGUUGCAUGGACUCUAUUUAGCUGUUUCAAAGAGAAAAAAAAGAUGGUAGCAUGGCUUAACCCCAAGAUUGUUCUUGAAAGCAUGACUUUUUGGCUGCUCUGUUCAGUGAGAACUGCUGCGUUCAGCCUCAUCAUGAGGCCAUCUGAUAAUAACAAAGUACAGUUAGGAUCUUAAUUUUCGUGUUUCCAAUCUUUCCAAUAUGCUUAACAUCCAGUAAAUAUUAGGCAAGUUAUGUGUAUGCAUCGGUCUCUUAAGGAUGCAGUUAGCUGACGUUCAAGGGAACCGUUUUAGGUGAUAAAUAAGCUUUCUAGCUGUAGUUCUAGCAAUGCUCACCAGUAUGCUCUUUAACAUGCUGCCAGUUAACGUCUCUUGAGAUAAUCUCGGUUAACAAUCGCAGCGUCUGUUUUCUUCCUCACUGCGUUUGCUCGACCACUUUUACAUAUGAUGCAACGGCUUUCCGCAGCUUUGACUCUUCUCCUGCCAGGCGUAUGUGCAGGCAGACUUUGGAAAUACAAAGUUGAUUUUUUUUUCUGUACAUAGCUUUCAGAAACAAAUGUACAUAAAACAUGGCUGUUAUUUUUUUAUUAUUUAAUGUUGGAAGUGUUGAGUACAUUCAAUAUUGUUCUAUGAUUGUAUGUUGACAAAUUGACAGUUUUGAAAGUUAAAAUUUUUUUGGAAUAAAAUUAACAUGUCUAUGA